AUAAAAUGGGAGCAUAGACUAUUCAAUGAACAGUUUGCAAAUAUUCUUCCGACUAAGUGGGUUCGCAACAUGUCUUUCGCCUCGCACUUACAAUCUGUUCUUGAAGAACUACAGAUUAAAGAUGCUGAGCGUAGCAAAUAUACGUUCCAUGCACAGACUAUCUGCAACGAGCUUAUGAGAUCAUUGCAGCAAACUGAUAAGGCUUUUAAGAAGGCGUUCGAUGGACUGAGUUUGACUGGCAGCUAUUUGGAUCGUCUUAAGCUAAAGACUCCCGACGAAUUCGAUUUACAUAUGAAACUGAAGCUUCCAUUCCACAUAAUACCCAAACGCGACAUUCUACGCCCUGGCUUCGUUUUUUUGUUUACAUCAGAUGCAAUUGACCAUCCACUUGUCGAAAAUUCUUACGUGAAUCAUAAGCGCUUGCAAUCAUGGCUACGUGAUGGAUUUACCCAUGUAUUGCUUCAUGAAUGUAAAACAAUUAACGUUGACGGUGAGACUUAUACGCUUAAAUAUGGGAUGAAAGGAUAUGGCUGUGCCCACACUAUAGUUGCUUCGAGCAAUGCUCGAAAAAUCUCCUUUGAUUUAGUGCCAGCUUUUGAAUUCUCCUACAAGGAUUGGCCAUUAAAUGAUCCACCUGUUACGCCACAGGUGCGAGAAGAUUGGCCCUGGUUCGCCAUACCACAGACCAAGGCCCCGAGUGAUGACAGAAGCUUUAUGGUCUGCGCACCACACUGGGAACGUGAAAUGAUGACGAACAAGUAUAAUUUGAAGAACACGUUGCGCCUGAUGAAGGCAAUGCGCGACGUUCACAAAGACCAUUUGCCUCAUCUGACCAGCUAUAUGCUAAAAACCGUUAUCCUACUAGAACUGUCCAAUGCAACCGAUAAUUUGUGGCAACAGAAUGAGGGAAAGACGCUAGUUCUCAUGUGGUCCAAAUUGGUACAAUAUUUUAAAAAAGCAACUUUACCAUAUUUCCUAGCCCCUGAUUGCAAUCAUUUUGAUCGCAUGAACGUUAAAGAUUUCAAUGCAUGCCGACAAAAAGUUGAUCAGUUGUUAACCACACUCACUAGUUUGGCUAACAGUCCCAGCACCCAUAAAGCCGUACGUGAACUCUUUAUUGAUUAAUCAUUUCUAAUAGUUUAUCUAAUAAACGCUAAUAUGUCUAUGUAAACAUUUAUAUUUUGAAUCAUGUAUACUC